AAAACUAGACCAAGUGAUCUUGAGAGAGUUUUAUUGACUCACUCAGUGUGGGUUGAAUAUGAAACUUACGGAACACCACAGAUUUGGGAAUUGUAAACAGGCAGUUAAUUAGCACAAUUGUAAACCAACAGUUACUACAAGUGUAGUUUAAUUCAAAUAAGUAGGGGCACAGAUUUGGGAAUUGUAAACGGGCUGUCACUUCCUACAAGCGUAAUUUAAUGUAAAGUCUCUCGCUGUAGGAUAGUGAACACAAGGUAGGAUGUGCACACGAAGGGGACCAAACCCAAGGUCUAUCAACUCGGAGUACACGCCAACCCCACCACUGGGAACAAGUACACCAUCUGAUCCUGUUUGAUACAGUGCCAUGAAGUGUCCCAUGAUGACAUGUAUGUCUUUAAGAUAUCAAUCCCAAAGAGACACGACCCCUUCAAGUGUCCUGCGUCCGUCUCCCUCUCCGAUUGGCUGGGCCGGGCUUCAGAAGUCAUACUUAGGUGGACCAAUCAGCUUAUGACUGGCUGUCGCUAAUCCUUCGGCCACCUGGACCUUCUUAACGAGGCUAGCCGUCGCUGUGUGUGUGUGUGUGUGUGUGUGUGUGGUACGUGUGUGAGUGUCAGUUGUUUAAAGGCAUGCGUUGGUAUUUUGGUAUUUAGUCCAACACUUGAAGCGAUGGCAUCUGUGCAUCCCGUCACGGAAUGAAUGAGAUUCAACUGCAGCUGAUUUGCCUACGACAACCAAACCACCCGUACAAGACUUGAGUACGGGCUGUGGAUCCUAGCUGCCUGGCUCACACACACACACACACACACACACACACACACACACACACGCGCGCGCGCGCGCGCAGCCAUGUCUAUGAGGACUCUGCCGCUGGUUUUUAUCAACAUGGGAGGAGAAAUGCUUUACAUACUGGACCAACGGCUUCAGGCUCCCAACACGGCUGGGGACUGCCCAGAGAAAGGGGUCUGGUCUGAACAGGACAGAAAAAGAGUGAUGGUCACCAUCAUCAGGACCAUGUUCAGUAAAGACUUCAUGGACCAGCUCUUCAAACCGCAGCAGUUGUACUCCCACCGGACGCUCAAGACGGUGCUGACGCGGUUAGCGCACACCUCCAUCAUGAGACUCAGCCCCACCAGCAUGGACAGGCUUUACGAGCUGAUGGCCAUGGCGUUCAAGCGCCAGCUGGUCCUGUGUCCCCGGCCCAGGGACCUGCUGCUCAUCUCCUACAACCACCUGGACUCCGUCAGGAGGUUCGUGGAAGACACCCCCAACGUCCUGAACCAGGUGGACGAGACGCAGCGCCGGGUCAUCGAGGUGUACACAACCCUGUCUGACGCUGAACUUCAACUUCUAAGGCAAACACUGCUCAUUUUCCUCCAGGACAUGCACAUUCGCGUGUCGUUCUUCCUGAGGGAUAAGGUGCAGAACCCAAACGGGCGGUUCGUGCUGCCCCGGUCGGGCCCCGUGCCUCCCGGGACCGAGGUUCCGGGGAUGAUACGGAUGUUGGACAGCAGAGGGCGGGAGGUGAAGAGGGCCCACUUCCCCUCGGGGGGAAGUUACUCCAGCCCGGAGAGGGAGGGCUCCUUCUCCCUCCAUGGAGACAGAGUCACCAGACUGGGCACCAACAUAUACGGCGUGAGCCAAGAGGGAGAGACACACGCAAACAGGGGCAGUGCCGCCAAGGGCAGCCCCAGCCCCAGCCCCCUGGCCUCGGAGGAGCUCAACCUGCUGGCCCGUCUGAUGGGGGGCCUGGAGGUCCUGCAGAGGCCCGGGUCCGACCCAGCCUACCGGGUCAACCUCUUCACCGUGGACCCAGGGGAGGAGGGGGAGGAGGAGGAGGAGGCGUGAGUGGAGCUAUUUAAAACUUUAUAGCUCAGGUUAAAGCUGCCGUCUUCUAUUUUUUGCUCCACCCACUUUCAUUUGAUUCAAAUAUUUUCUGAUUGAGUCUCAUGGUUCAUUAAUUCCUCAUGAGUUGUUUGACUAUUGCCCAUUGCAGUGGAGCCGCAUGCAUGAGAACCGUGAGACUCAAUCAAAAGUGGAGCGAGAAAAAAACAUUGCUUGUUGCAGCUUUAGUUUUACAGUUGCAACGUCAUGUUACCAUAAUAACCCGAGAAUGUUAAAGGUUAACAUCUCUUCCUCUUGGUUUCUCCAGUGAGCCGGGGGAAUCCUUGGGGGAUGUGGUCACCAUCCAGGCCACGCCGGUAAAGCACCUUACCUAUAAUAAAACCCUGCUACGGUCCGCUGUACAGUCAGUGCAAAUCCCUCUCAUCCCGAUGUCUGCGUAUGCACCUUGUUCACCGGGAGGCCAUCUUGGUUAGUUAGUGGGGGGAACGUUCUAGGAUCUUUGGAAACAACGACUACUCCAUGCAUUGUUUGUAGUUCCGCUAGCAUUUAGAAUGCAAUUCCAUCGAGUUGUCUUGGGUGGUUUCCCCAAUGAUUCUAGAAGGUUCCCCCAUCCCACUCAACUAGCCAAUAUGGCCGCCAUGUGAAUGAGGCCUAUUAAGCCAUCGAACCAGAUGCUUUCACAGAAGCCUCUCGAUGGUUUGUUUGUGUGUCGUCAGGACGCCCAGGCUAGCAGUGAGCUAGCCAGGAUAGCGGAGGUGUUCACGGACCAGCACCAACCGACAGAGGAACCCUGCGGCUCCAGCAGUAGCAGCAAGGGGGCAGACCUGCUAGCCCUCAUGGACACCUGCUAGCCGUCAUGGACACAUGCUAACAACGCGGCCCAGUGCUAGGUGUAAUGAUAGCCACAGGGCUAAUUCAGUUAGCAGCCUGAACGCGGCGUUUGGUUCCCCAGUGCCCAGCCAGCGUUUAGAAUGGUCUAUCCAUCUGUCCACUUUUCAAACCCAUGGCGGUCCUAUAGAAUACUGUAUACUAUUUUUAAUGUGCUGUAAAUAUGUUCUCUCAUAUUCUGUAAUUUAUUGAGACAGUUGCACAAAUAUUUGCAAGGUUGAAAAUCUGAAGGUAUUUUAUUUAUAAAAUAUACCCAAUCACG